AUGAGUCAAUCAAAUGUUAAUCUAUUAAAUUUACCUGACGAGAUAUUACUUCUUAUUUUGAAAAAACUGAACAAUAUUGAUGUUCUUUAUUCAUUUAUCGAUGUUAAUAAUGAUCAUUUGAACAGUCUAGCACUAGAAAAAAUCUUCAGUGAUACUCUCAACUUUGUAUCCAUUGAUAACGUUUCUGCAAUUGAUCAACAGAAAUUUGAUCGAUUUUGCAAGGUUAUUUUGCCAAAAAUUCAUGAAAAUGUCAAAUGUUUUAUUCUUGAACCACUUUCAAUGAAAUGUAUUCUUCUAGCUGCUGAGUAUUCAAAUCUAACUGAACGUAAACUUUUUAAUUUCACGCAAUAUGUUGGCUUAAAUUAUUUUACAACACACAAUCGAUCAUAUCCAUCUUUAUCACUCUGUGAUUCACCAUCAAUUAGCUUUUCCUCUGCAACUCUUUCUUAUUUAUCUAUCAAUGUGAGCACAUUUGAUGAUUGUCUUUAUUUACUUGACGGUCGACUCAAACAACUAUCUACACUUAUUGUUCAAAUAUAUAAAACAAGCAAAUCUUCAUCAGUCAUUCCCAUUACGGAUAAUUUACCUAAUUUGAAAUGUUUUUCAUUGACAUGUUAUUUUCUAUUUGAUAUAUAUGAUGAACACAUUUUACUUCUUCUUCAUCGUAUGACAUAUCUGGAAAAAUUAACUUUAUAUCUUUGUAUAAAAAUCCGAGAUAGAUUUAUCGAUCGUUCUCAUCUUGAAAAUGAAAUUCUCCUUUAUAUGCCACGUCUUCAUUCAUUUACUUUUUAUAUUAGUACUUAUGAUCGUGCUGCUGAUUUAUUUCGUUAUGUACCUAGACAAGAUAUUCAACGAAUUGAUACAAAUAUUGGACACGAACAAUAUAUGGCUAAUAUGAUAAAUUAUAUCAGUAUUGAUGAAGCUGUAUGUUCUAUCUUCUCACUUCCUUUUGCAUUUCAUCGGAUUCGAGCUGUUGGAAACAUAUUUCCAGAUAUUGUAUUCAAAUAUGUCACGAUCUUAGUGGUACAUGAUAUAGUUCCAUUCAAUCAUGAAUUCUUUCUUCGGGUUUCUCGAUCUUUUUCAUUACUGCAGACACUUCAUGUUAUAAAUUGUAUGUUUCAAUCGUCGUGCGAUAUUAACUCAUUUUUAUCUAAUGAUAGUCAAUCAUGUUCAAUCGCUAAAUAUCCUCAUCUUACCACAUUUAACGUCAGACGGGGAAAUAUUAACAAUGUUGAAGAAUUUUUAAAUGAAACGAAAACAUCUGUACCAUGUCUAAACAAAUUAAUGAUUAAAUACAAUGAUUUGAGAACUGUGACGAAGAACUUUACAAGAGAAGAAACACGACACAAUUGUAAGAAGAUAAGAGAACUUUUACUGUUCAACAUACUGAUACAAAAGAAAGAUUUUUAUCAUUACUUUCCUUCGUUAUAAAGGAAAUUUUGUUUUGAUUUGUUCAAUAAAUUGAAAAAAACAUGAUGAUUGUUGUAUUUCGAUGAACGCUUUAAUUAAGAUAUAAAGAAAUAUCGACUCUUUAUGAUGUUUUACUAACAAUUAGUCUUAAGAUGGUGAUACUUAGAAAGAGGAUUAUAGAAGACAUGAAAACAGCUCUAAAAAUCAAAUCAGUAUGUUUCGUUCGUAUCUUUGCACAUCAUAAAAUAAAAUUUUAUGCCCAUUAGGAAAGCUCCACUCCUUAAGACAAAUGAGACAAAAGAUAGUUUUUAAGCAAUUCUCUAAAAAUUGAUUUUUUAAAUGACUUUUGUACGUCUAUUGAUCAGUGGCAGAGGGAUUGAUGCUUCGUUCUCAGAAAUAGCUUUCGGCUUCUGUACUAUGAGGAUUGUAUUGAAUAUUCAAGAUAGAUUGAAGUUAUAGUGAAGAGCUGGUAGUAAUAAAUUUUGCUCAAUAUCAUGAUUAGAGAUCUGCAUGACCGAAGAAAAAAAAGAUUAUUCAAUAAGAGGUCAACCAUAAGAGACGUUCGGACAGAGGGAAAAGGGAUGAGUCAGCAAAAAAUGAACAUUUUUUGACAAGAAGGAAAGACAAGAUCUAAGGAAAAAAAGUAAUCUGUGAUUUUGUGGUCUAAACUGAAUUAAGAUGAUUUUCGUGAUUUCAAAAUGAGUUCGUAUGAUUUAAAUCAUGUAUGUAGUUCUAUAAAUGAACUUUUAGUGUUAUCUACAACUCUUAUCUUCUAUGUAACAAGUAAUUGAAAUUGUACGCUGUUUUUGUUCGAUUCUAUUCAGACGUGGAUCAGAUCAUUGCUAGGCUAAUGAAUUAUUAUACCAGAAAUAGCUUAGAAUUUGCGUCUAUAUAUACGUCUGGGUAAAAAAUAGUUAUAGUCCGUAUUUUUAGUAUAUUGUCACUAUAAAAACGCAUUUUUUUAAAAUUAAUUAAAUAUUCUGAAAGCAUGUGGAGUUUUCUAUCAGCUUAGAUAUGUAUGUUUUGGUUUGCACUUAUGCAUAAUGAUAAUAAAUGUAGUACAAUGAAGGCAUCAUAGAUGUCUAGAUUCCCUAGCAACAAAAUUUUGUCAGUGUCAUGACAAUUAGUUUUUAAAUUUUUUAUCACUAGAGCUGCACUUUUUGAACAAACUAAUUAUAUAUUCUGAUAGAGCUUAAAAUUCUCUAUCAUCCUAUAUGUCUCUCUAUUGUCUUAACUAUACUAAUUCAAAAAGAAAAAUCAAGUAUAUUAAAUAUUAUCUCAAUUUAAAAGGGUCAAAAAAUCCUUAUUUUUCUCUCUUAUUAUAUUGUCGUUAGUAUAUAUAGGCACUUUGUGGAAUAUAAUCAUAUAUUCUUAUAGAGUUUCAAAUGCUCUAUCAUCUUCUAUAUUUUUCUUCAAUACUACAUUUAUGUGCUGCAUGUAAUAGAUCGAAGACAAUGUAAAAACAUACUGGACGGCAGGGAUUUGUAAGCGCUAUUAAAAUCUAUAAUUAAUUUUGUGUGAAAAUUUACAUAUGUCAAAUAAUAAUUUUAAAAAACUUACAAGAUUAUCGAAAAUAAAUAAGGAUUUUUUGAUCCUUCUAAAUUGAGAUAAUAUUCAAUAUACUUGAUUUUUCUUUUUGAAUAAGUAUAGUCAAGACAAUAGAGAAAUAUAUAGGAUGAUAGAGAAUUUCAAGCUUUAUCAAAAUAUAUAAUUAGUUUGUUCAAAAAGUACUGCUCUAGUGAUAAAAAAUUUAAAAACUAAUUGUCAUGACACUGACAAAAUUUUGUUGUUAGGAAAUCUGGACAUUUAUGAUACCUUUAUUGUACUACAUUUAUUAUCAUAAUGCAUAAGUGCAAACCAAAACAUGCAUAUCUAAGUUGAUAGAAAACUCCGCAUGCUUUCAGAAUAUUUAAUUAACUUUAAAAAAAUGGGCUUUUUGUAGUGACAAUAUAUUAAAAAUACGUACUAUAACUAUUUUUUUCCAGACGUAUAUAUCAUAUUUAUUUGAUAUUGCGUACAAUGAUCACUUUGAAAUCAAAAGUAAUAUUAUAUGAUCUCCUUCUAACUCUUUUAUACUAUUGUAUUGAGUCACAUUCAUUAUGGCUAUCAGAUAGACUAGACGUUAAUUAGUUGUUAAAUAUAGAAUGAGAAAGAUACGCUGUUUAGUUCCUUUAGAACAGAAAUCUAAUAUAUACGAGAAAAAAAAUAUAGAAAAAUUGUAUUUAUUCUUUUUGAUUCAAUUUAAUCGAUUAGUAGAAAAAAUAGAUAUAGUUUUUGAUACAUAAUAAUUUGUAUUAUGUUCAUCCCUAGAUAUAUGUAGUGUCCGUGUUGACAUCGAAAUACUGAUAAUGACGUCACUGAUAGUGAAGUACUGACUACACCGACCUCGACGUUUGAUAAAACAAUCAGAUAUUAAUUCUGUUAGAGUGUUUGUCUUUUAUGUUACGCUUAAAAUUAUUAAUGAGAUGUACUGAAAGAGUACUUCUACACUUUCAAAACACACCGUAAGUUUGGCUAAUAUGUUGAACGAUGAUGUCAUCUUCACAAGAAUAGAUUACUUGUAGUUCUGCUCUAAGACAUUAAUACUACUUUCGAUCUAUAAUCCUGUUAAAUAUUCAUUUUCUUGUGUUAUUUGAAAGCAUCAUGUAUAACUACUUUUUUUGCGAAAGCGUUCACGCGAGAUGCGAAAUCACGUACAAAUUUUAAAACAACCAUAUUUUGAAUCGAUUCAAGUUUUUAUUUUAUAUUGCAUAAAGACUCCAGAUCCAUAUUCUAACCUAUCUAGAAUGAAGGGUAUCAGACUUAAACCACACUGAAUCUUAUAGUACGUCUCAGAUCAUCCGAAAGAUUCCGUAGAAAUUCGACAGCAUCAGACAAAAUCUUGAUGGAAGUAGUCCGAUGGUCGAUCCAACUGCUGUAAGAUGACUAAUGCAACUAGAAAUUAAUUGAAUCAUAUGAUGAUUUGGUGGGCACUCCAUUCACUCUUUGAAUCUCCUUCUAUUACCUGCUCUCACUCUUUUUUCCACAUACAAUUGAUUCAAUAUAUCAAAUCAAUUGCUUUCAAUGAAUAUCAGUAUUGAAAAGCCACUGUUCUAGUGAAGAGGGAAAUAGUUCACACUAGCGUUGGAGUCUAUGAAGUUACUCAGGAUCAUUCGGAGCCAAUUAGAGUCGCUGAAAAUUAGUCAGUGCACUUAUUAAAAAUAACAUCGAAUCAUCACAAAUCACCUAGAUUUAUUGGAAAUGAGUAAAAUCAAUGAUUAAUAGCUACUUUAUCUGCCUAUCAACUCCUUUUCAGCAAGAAUUUCAUCAAUCAAAAACUGCUGUUCAUGUUCAUAUUCACACUAGAAAACUACUACUUUUGGUAUAUCUUGAAAUUCAUAUUAGCCUAUCAUGCUGAUAUAUCUCCCUGUUUACUAUUAUCUUGAAUGGAGAAGGUAUAAUUGCUGUUAUGAUACCCGUAAUUAUUGGGUUGGUAAGACAUUUUUUGCGUUUUUUUCAAAAAUUUUCUUUUUAUUUUUUAAAUCUAAGAUUACAAGUAUCAAUCAACAAUAUAUGCUCCAUUACUGCCUAUGACUUGCCGUUAACGCUCUGGUAGAGAAAGGAUCCCGUGUUCGUAGAAGUCUUGAGACUUUUGGUCGAAGAAGUUGAGGAGAUCCGUUUUGAGGUCGUUCUCGUCUUCGAACUUUUUCUCUCGUAGAUGAUUGGAGAGAGAACGGUACAGGUGUUAGUCUGUAGGAGCGAAGUCUGGGGAAUAAGGUGGAUGGGGAACAGUGAUCCAGCCAAGAUCCAAUAACUUUUGGCGUGUCAACUUUGCUACAUGGGGUCUGGCAUUAUCGUGCAAAAAGUAAAUUCAAUCUUGCUUUCUUUUGAGUUUUUCUGCAACCCGAUCUAAUUCCUGGCAGUAGAGAUCAGCAGUGGCGCUGCAGCCAUUUGGAAGAAUUUCCCAAUGAAUAAUCCCUUUGACUCCCCACCACACACUCAGCCACUGGCGUCUGCGCUGGUAGUUAAUGCAUAACACCCAUUUCUCAUCACCAGUAAUAAGAUUAUGGAGCCAUUGGCAGUUGCGAUGAGAAGUCAAUAAUUCCAUACAAGCAUCAACCCUAUAUUGCAGCUGAAGCAGUGAUAAUUCAUGUGGUAUCCAAACUCCAUAUUUCCACGUUUUGCCUAAUUCGUGCAGAUGUGUUUCCACUGCAAUGUGAGAACAUCCAAGUCGCUCUGCUAAACACCGUGUCGUCAACCUAGGAUCUUGUUCAAUAAGCUGCUUUAAAAGAUCCAUAUCCACCUGUAGUGGUCUUCCAGUAUGAGGUAAAUCGUCGAGUUCGAAGUUACCACUCUUGUAUCGAUGGAACCAAUGUUCUGCUGUACGGAUGGAGAGUACAUUCUUGCCCAUCGUACCACAUAUGUUGCUUGUCGCUUCCGUUUCUUUGCGACCCAAACGGAAUUCAUGAAGCAGAAGCAAUCGGAGCUCUCUACGAGAUAUAUUAAUUUCUAAUUCGAGAUCAACGUCCAUUUCCAUAAUGUUAUUAUUCUUCGAAAGAUAUUCGUACCCCCUAUAUAUACCCUUACUAUGGAACCUUCUAGAACUUCCUCGAUUGUUCUAGCAAAUUUUCGAAAAACACGCAAAAAAGUUCUUACCAACCCAAUAUCAGUGAAAUAACGCACCACCAGUUUAUCUCAAUCAGUACCAGAGUGAAUGUAUUGACCAGAAAUAAUGUUUCAUCAUCGACAUGUGUAGGUAGAUAGCGAGACGUUUAAAAGAGAAUAGUUUUCAAGUUUACAUUUUAUUAAUACGCUCAAAACGAGUAGACUUCCUCGAAAUGCACGAUAAAUCUGUGUCGAUUUGAGAUUAGAAUGUAUUUUUGAGCUAUGAUCUGAUACGUUUGCGGAAGUGCAGUGUAAAUGAUUUUAAACCUAAUAUACAAUUAGUGAAACAUUUAAUUAUCGAUACUAGUGAAAUCAGACUAAUAUGAUCUCUUAUACGUUAGACAGCAUAACCAAGAAAAAAUCGCAACUCGAAAAUAUUUCUCUUCGAAAUAUCCCAAUAUUUGGCGAAAUGUCUCGAUCAUAUUUGAUUUUUAAUUCUCCCAUUAUGUCUAAAAUAAAUUCUUAUCUCUUCAACGAGAUCGAAAUAGUAAGACUUGAAGAAGCGAUAAACCCAUUUAGAUCAGUAAUCCAAAUAAAGUUCACAGAGGUAUUUGAAUUUAGACGAAUGAAUAAUACUACUAUCCGUUCCAGAAUUCAAGGCACUCGGUUGUUUUUUGAAUAACUUUUUAUAGGAACAAGAUAGAGAACUGCGGUUUUCAGCGUUUGAUAGCCAAGACCUAAGAGCAUAUUUGCAUAAGCAAAAGCUUUUCUGAGAAAAAAUCUGAAGACCGGUUUCUCAAAGGAUCUUUGGAAAACUACGCUGGAUUUCUGAAAACUGUCAUAGAAGUCUAUUGAUUGUUUUACAUAUUCGGAAUCAGCAUCGAAAACUGCGUCGAUUCAUAUAUAUUUGGAAUGUUUUAAUGAACUUUUUUUUUCAUCGAAAAAUCCACCCCUAGCUAUCCCAAGGCCACGUCAAAAAAUGAAUUCAGUCAAAAGGCCGUUUCUAUUGCUUAGUCAUUUGCCAUUUUGUGUCCUACUAGCAUUUUACAAGCUUCGAACUUGCUUUUCACUGUCCAAGUGACUUUUUGACUGAAUUUAUUUUUUGACGUGACCCUGGGUU